ACGACACAAGUCUCUGCCUCGUGCGCCUGCAUCGGACUCUAGCAGUUCCGACAGGUUAUGAGCCCAAGGAAGGAAUUGCUCCCUCGUGCAGCGCACAACAGCAGCAUGCAACCUCACACGCGCACGACGUCGCCAGCCUCAUUUGCCGAGCAGCACGUCCCCACAUCAGCCACCGCGCGCGAUGCCCUCAAGCCGUCGCCCGCGCCCGACACAACGACUAGAUUGGUGCCGUCGCUUAACAUGUCGGCCAAGAUGGUGCAACUGUCGACCGGCUCUCCAGUCAACUUGACCCAACAGUUACAAGCACACGACACGUGCUGUGACGCCGACACGCGCCGCGACGUCGAUACACGCUGCAACACGCGCCGGGACGUCAACACACGCUGCAACACGCGCUGCGACGAGGACACACGCCGCAACACGCACGUGCUGGUCAAUGUUGGUGACAUCAAGGAUGACCCAUCAAUGCGCCCCAUCGCACAAGAAGCCCAUCGCUCCACAGCGAGGCUCACUUUCGAAAGUGCGAGCUCGACAACAACGUCCAGCACAAGCUCCAGCGUGUCUUUGACGAACACUGCGACGACCCCCUCAAGGAUGAUCGAUCUCCACGGGCCGCAGCCACAGUCGACCGCGAGCAACACGAUCAAGGUACCCAAAGAAGACCGCAAGAAGGACUUCAAGUUGGCUUUUGCCGCCAACCGUGCCCACGACAUCAAGAACAAGCUUGCUGUCCACGAAGAACAGACGAAGAACAUGUCUCACGUCCCGACGAGUCCGCGCAAGCGCGCCACGUCGCAGGACUUUACGCCCGACCACGUACCGCUUGACCGCGUGCCGACCCCGACCAUUAUCCCGGACGAGUUCGACGACGUCGUGUCGCCUACCUGGCCCGAGCAAUCCGCCGCGACGUCGACCGCUCCAAGCGAGACGGACCCACGCGACACUCACGCCCAAGAUGAUCAAGAUGCCCAAGGCGAUCAAGAUUAUCAAGAUGCUCAAGACGUUCAAGACGAUCAAGGAACCGUACCGAGCUCCACGCAGCCUGCGCCCAUGUACGACGCAGCUACCAUCCAAGACAUUAUCGAGAAGGAAAUCGCCGAGCGUACACGAAGACUCCUCGACGAACACGCGCGAGCCACGACACAGCUCAAUGAAGCGCACCGCGAGCACGUCCGCCAACUGCACGUCGUAUUGCUCGAACGUGACAACCUGCGUCAAGAACUCGACUCUUCAACUCGCACUGUGAUGGCCAUCAACGACAAGCUCAAUGACCUCGAUGCUCGACUGACCUCGUCCGAGACGUCACGCCAACACACCAACGCCGAGCUUAACGCCGCGCGUCAUGCCUUGCAUGCGUCUGAGCAACAACGCGACGUUGCGUUGGGCUACGCAAACAACUCCAAGACGGCACGCGACGAGCUCGCGCAGACACUCGCCGACACUCGACGUACCUUGAAAGAGGCCAACGCAGCUCGUGACGCGGCAGUCGCCAUGGCGUCCUCGUCCGAUCAAGACCGUGACACCGCGCAUGCUUCUGCGACUCGCCAACUCCAGAACCAACUUGCCGCGAGCCAAAACGCCUACGCUCAAGUGGUUGCUGAGCGUGACGCAGCUCGAUGCGACGUCGUCGCGGCACACCUCGCGCGUGAUGCGGCCGUCCAAGCCGCUCACACCGCAGUGGCCGACCUCGAGUUAGCACGCGCCGAGCACUCCGACGUGGUUGCAAACCUCGAACAAGAAUUCACCAACCUCUCGCUGGAACUCACCAAGACGCACGCCGCACUUCGUGGCGCUCACGUCUACUGUGCGCCCGCUCCGGCGCCGCCUCCGACCAGUCCGUUUGAACGCGACUUUGGCCACACCUACGCUCAGCCCGCAGACGCGCCCGUCUAUCACCCUACGCCUCCCGGCGGCGGUGGUCUUCCUGGCGGCGGCGGCUUUCCUGGUGGCGGCGGUCCUCCAGGCGGCGGUGCUCCCGGUGGCGGCGGACCUCCCGGCCCUCCACACACGCCUCGCGGCGGUGGUACGCCUGGCGGUGGUAUGCCUGGCGGCGGUGGUCCUCCCGGUGUCCCGCCCGGCGGCGGUGGUCCUCCCGGUGGCGGUGGCCCUCCUGGUGGCGGUGGCCCUCCAGGUGGUGCUGGUGGCGGCGGCAUGCCUCAGCGCCCUUACGCCCCGACGUACUCCAACCCGCCGAACCUGCGGACUUUCAAGGUCGACAAGUUCACGGGCGAGCCCGCGUACCCGGGUUGCAGCGCAAACUUUCCCGAGCAUCUCCAACUGCUUGAAGAAGCUAUUCAGCGUGACGUGGCCUUCUACAACUCGCACUGGACGGACGAGCACCGACGCCACGUACUUCUGGGGUCUCUCGGCACUGCACCCAAGUCCUUCUACAACAGCCACGUGGAGCAGUGGAAGGCUGCCAAGCCUGACUUCGGCCUCCACGACCUCGUUACCCGGCUCACCGAACGCUAUGCGUCGAAGCUCACGCACGACCAAGCUAUGGAGUACAUGCGGCAGCCCAAGAAGUACAACAUGACGUGGGACGAGUUGGUUCGUUUCCUCCGUCACUUGCAGCGAGAAGUCAACGCACCGAACAGCCUCGUCCUCGACAUGUUCGUCAAGUACGCCUGUCCCGAGCUCACGCUCACUCUCACGACGCUUAUCAACCCCAACCGUCGUGAAGACGCCGAGAUGUUGGACGUCGUGGUUACCAAGUUGUCCCAACUCACUGGCUCUGGCUACCAGUACGGUCGUCCUCGCUCGGCCACAACCCAGCCUACUCGCGACUCGCCCUACACCCCGCGCGCUCGCGCCAACGUCGCAUCUGCGCCGGCGGCCGGUCGCGACGGACGUGGUUCCCACACUACCAACGGUCGUGGCGCCGAACACAGCGGUCGCACUGGACAAGGUCAAGAUCAAGAUCCAGGUCAAGGUCAACGCCCCGGUCACGCCCGUUCCGGCUCGCCAGGCCCGCCGCGCGCGCUUUAUCAGUGCCCCGUCUGCCCCGACGAGUACCAUUUCCCCAGUGACUGCCCUCGUUUCUUGGCACUGCGCCCUCCAAACGGUCGUGCCAACAACAGCGCCGGUCAAGUCGCGCCGGAUACCGAGCCGACGACUGCUCGCGGCCGCCGCGCUCGCAACCGCGACCGCCGAGAAUCGACUGCCCGUGCCCAACUAGCCGAGGCCGAUCUCGACGACCAAAUUGCUGAAGAACUCGCGUUUGCCGGCUCCGUCAACGGUCUCUCGAGCGCUGCUGCUUGCGCCGGUUUGUCCUCCGGUACUUUUCUUUUGGACUCUGGCUGCACGCAUCAUCUCGUCAACGACGCGUCGAUGAUUCACAACCCGACACCGUCGACACUGCGCGUCCAAGUCGCCAACAAGGACUACGUACACGCAACCGUUACUGGAUCGAUGCGCCUUAAAUUCGCCGACACGGGUGCGGAACUCGUACUCAACGACGUCCACUGCGUACCCGACGUGCCCAUGCACCUCAUCUCCACGUCACUGCUGGACGACGAAGGCGUUUCUCAACUUUCGCACGGUGGCACGCUGCUGAUCAUGACAGGUCACCAGCCGCUGACCACAUGCAAGAAGAUCGGCUCACUCUGGCCGCUCAACUGCACGGCCCUCGAGCUCAUGCCUAGCAUCACGCUCCCACGGCCGGCACCCAUGCUUCGGUCGGACAAGGGGGGGGCAUCCACCUCCAAGGCGUUCAAGUCCUACCUCGCCGACAAGGGCAUCGAACACCACAAGACGGUGAACCACGGCAGCCAGCUGCGCCGCAUCCUGCGCUACCUCAAGGCGACGCGCACGUACGGUCUACACCUCGCGCCGCACCAGUCGGCCGGUCCGCUCUCGCUCGACAUCUUCUCCGAUGCCGACUGGGCCGGCGACAAGACCAACCGACGCUCCACGUCCGGCUGUCUCAUCCAGAUCAACGGCGCGCCCGUCCACUGGUACUCGAAGCAGCAAGCGACGGUGGCCCUCUCGACGAUGGAAGCCGAAUACGUUGCUGCCAGCAUCGCGACGCAAGAAGCCGCGUGGUUGAAGACUUUGCUCGAGCAAGCCAAGCUCGUACCCGAGACAGCGUGUGUCAACCUCUGGUGUGACAACCAGAGCGCGCUCAAGACGAUGGACAACCCGUCGACGACAAGUCGCUCCAAGCACAUCGACAUCCGUUAUCACUACGUCCGCGAAGCCGUCCAAGCCGGCCGCAUCAAGGCCCGGUACUGCAAGUCAGGCGACAUGCCCGCAGAUUGCUUCACCAAGGCGCUACCUGCCGAAUCGCUCGAGCGCGCUCUCGCCCAAGUCCAUGUCUACGACGCAUCGCGCUCCAUGGUCAUGCUCGAGCUCUCCAAGGGAGUCGAGCUUGCGGGGGGGUGUUAGGAUUCUGAUCCUCAUCGCGCCUCGCUACGUCUGGAUAGUGUACACCGAUUGCAGAUGUACCCAGGAUUAUCCAGUUUACAUAAUACACU